AUGGCCAGCACAUCAAGCCCUAGCACCAUGGCUGGGACCCCAGAGCCACCUCCACUGUCAGAGCGUCUCCAAAAUGCUGCUGACAUCUCUGUCCUUGUCGUCUACUUCAUAGUGGUGAUGACUGUUGGGAUGUGGGCAACACUGAAGACAAACCGCAGCACUGUAAGAGAAUUCUUCUUGGCUGGUCGAGACGUGGCCUGGUGGCCGAUUGGUGCCUCUCUCUUCGCCAGUAACAUCAGCAGUGGCCACUUUGUGGGGCUGGCUGGGACAGCAGCAGCUUCUGGAAUUGCUAUUGCAACAUUUGAAUGGAACGCCUUGCUGCUGCUGCUGGUUCUAGGGUGGGUCUUUGUGCCCAUUUACAUCAAGGCAGGGGUGAUGACCAUGCCGGAGUAUCUCAAGAAGCGGUUUGGUGGGAAGCGGCUCCAGGUCUACCUGUCCGUCAUCUCCAUCUUCAUCUCUGUGGUCUUGAGAAUCUCAUCAGACAUAUAUUCUGGAGCUGUAUUCAUCCAACUGGCCUUGGGAUUGGACCUUUACUUAGCAAUCUUCAUUCUCUUGUUUAUCACUGCUGUUUACUCCAUCACUGGCGGCUUGGCCUCAGUAAUUUACACCGACACCCUCCAGGCUUUCAUCAUGCUGGUUGGCUCUUUCAUUCUCAUGGGGUUUGCAUUUGAUGAAGUCGGAGGCUAUGAGAGCUUUAAAGAAAAGUACAUGAAUGCCAUUCCAUCUGUCAUCGAGGCAGAAAACCUGACCAUUGACCCCAGCUGCUAUACUCCUCCGGCAAACUCCUUCCACGUCUUCCGAGAUCCUGUCUCUGGUGAUGUUCCAUGGCCAGGAUUGAUAUUUGGAAUGCCCAUUGUAGCUGCAUGGUACUGGUGCACAGACCAGGUGACGGUGCAGCGCUGCCUGUCUGGCAAGGACAUGUCUCACGUGAAAGCUGCCUGCAUCAUGUGUGGGUACCUGAAGCUACUGCCCUUGUUCCUCAUGGUGAUGCCCGGGAUGAUCAGCCGGAUCCUGUACCCAGAUACUGUGGCAUGUGUUGUACCUUCUGAAUGUAUAAAACACUGUGGCGUUGACGUCAGCUGCACUAACUAUGCCUACCCAACACUGGUACUGGAACUGAUGCCCGCUGGGCUGCGGGGCCUGAUGCUGUCGGCCAUGCUGGCGUCUCUCAUGAGCUCCCUGACCUCCAUCUUCAACAGCUCCAGCGCCCUCUUCACUGUGGACAUCUACACCAAGAUCCGGAAGCGGGCGUCCGAAAAAGAGCUCCUGAUAGCCGGGCGGUUAUUUGUCAUCCUAUUAAUUAUCAUCAGUAUCCUGUGGGUCCCAUUAGUAGAGGUAUUUCGAAGUGGCCAAUUAAUCCAUUACACAGAAUCAAUUUCUAGCUACCUUGGGCCUCCAAUUGCGGCUGUCUUUCUGCUUGCCAUCUUCUGUAAGAGAGUCAAUGAACAGGGUGCAUUCUGGGGUCUAAUGAUUGGAUUGGUGAUGGGCCUUAUUCGAAUGAUCGCAGAAUUUGCGUACGGAACAGGAAGUUGCCUGGCUCCCAGCAGCUGUCCGUAUAUUAUCUGUGGAGUACACUACCUGUACUUUGCCAUCAUUCUCUUUGUUGUGUGCACAGCGGUCAUCCUGGGAGUUUCCUUCUUAACAAAACCUAUCCCCGAUGUACACCUGCAUCGCUUGUGUUGGGCUCUGCGGAACAGUACCGAGGAACGAAUUGAUUUGGAUGCAGGAGAGGAAAGGCAAGAAGAAUUUGAUGAAGAUUCUGAAGAAGAUUCUCCCAAGAAAUCUCGUGGCUGUCUCAAGAAGGCAUAUGACCUGUUCUGCGGCUUGCAGAAGAUGGGACACAAGCUGACCCCAGAGGAGAAGAAAGCCCUGGGGCAGAAGCUGACAGACACAUCGGAGAAGCCCUUGUGGAGGAUGGUAGUGAACAUUAACGCCAUCAUCCUCCUGGCCGUGACCGUCUUUAUGCAUGCCUAUUUUGCCUGA